CCAAAUGUGUGCCGAGAGGUUUAUAACCAAGCCAGCGCAGCUCAGCGGAGCCACACGAGAGCUCAGGAUGAAGCCGAUGGUUCCGCUUUGGGCUCUGUCCCUUCUGGCUGUGUCCUGGGGCUACCCCAACUACCUCUACGAUGAGCCCUGGGUCAACAUGUUCCGGCAGGGUUUCAACUUCCAGUGCCCACAUGGCGAGGUGCUGGUGGCCAUCCGGAGUUACUUCAUGGAAGCGGAGGGCUCCGACCGCCUGUGGACCUUCGAGUGCCAGCCUACACCCCCCAGCCUCGGGGAACCUACUGAAUGCUGGUGGGAUGACAUCAACCGCGCUGGGAUGGAAUGGUCUUCGAAAUGCUCCAACAAUGGGCUGGUGGCAGGAAUUCAGAGUCAGUACUUCACUUCCGUUCUGGACCGCGAGUGGCAGUUUUACUGCUGCCGCUACAGCCGCCGGUGCCCCUACUCUUGCUGGAAGACCAAUGACGUUCCGGAGUACUACAGAGAGGAAGGCGAAAUGGUCAUUCCGAGCUAUGGAUACUUCAUCCGAGGGGCGCAGACCACCUUCAGUGGCGUACUCAGAGAUCGGCAGUGGAAGUACAUAUUGUGCCGGAUGACAGACUUUGAUUGCAAAUUUGAGAACUUCUAGAAACAUCUUUAAGACACCUCCUUUUUCUGGUUAACCGUUCCAGUGCUUCACCCACAGCAAAUCAAUGGAGGGGGUUUCUCAAGAGACCCCCCACCUCUGGGAACACCCCCAACGAAAACAAACAUACAUAUAUAUAUAUAUAUAUAUACAGUAUAUAAAUACACCCAGGAUAGAUUGGGCUGUAUGUUUGGUUAUAGGUUAAUUUUGUUUUUAACCCUUUUUUCUUUAUAAUCGUAUUUUCUUAAAGUACUAACCACUUAUUUCUUCGCACUAACGUUCCACAUUCGUAUACUUUUGUUGAUAUUCAGAUUUUUCUCAUGCCCUGAUUCUCCAUAUCUCUAUAGGAGCCUCAUACUAGCAAACAAUGUCAAUUACUUUGGCAAGCUGAAUAAAAAAGGUUCCGUUUAUAUUUAAAUGUCA